AUGUCCAUUGAAAACUUAAAGUCCUUUGAUCCUUUUGCUGAUACUGGUGACGACGAAACUACUACUGCUAACUAUAUCCAUAUUCGUAUCCAACAAAGAAAUGGUAGGAAAACACUAACUACUGUACAAGGUGUACCUGAAGAAUAUGACUUAAAGAGAAUCUUGAAAGUCUUAAAGAAAGAUUUUGCUUGUAACGGUAAUAUCGUUAAGGACUCCGAAAUGGGUCAGAUUAUCCAAAUGCAAGGUGAUCAAAGAGCUAAAGUUUGCGAGUUCUUGACCACUCAAUUGGGGAUGCAAAAGAAAAAUAUAAAAAUUCAUGGUUUCUAA